AUGGCCACGGAGACUCUGGCCCCGCAGCCUGGCAAUGGCAGCGGGCCCCCGUGCCCUGUGGACGCCGCCUUCACCCAGCGCUUCUUGCCCACUGUCUACCUGGUGGUGAUCCCCGUGGGGCUGGUGGGGAACGGGCUGGGGCUGUGGCACCUCUGCCUGGGGGCUCGGCGCGGCACCCGCCACCCCCUGGGGUUGCUGGUGGGCAACCUGGGCCUGGCCGACCUGCUGUACGUCAGCACGUUGCCCUUCCUCGUCAGCUACUACCUGCAGGGCAGAGUGUGGCUCUUCGGGCACGGCUGGUGCCAGGUCACCCGGGGGCUCUUCCACCUCAACCUCUACGCCAGCAUCGUCUUCCUCACCGGCAUCAGCGUCCACCGCUACCUGGGCAUCGUGCACCCGCUGAAGGCGCGGGGCAGGUGCCAGGCGGUCACCUCCUCGGCGUGGCUCAGCGGUGUGCUCUGGCUGUGGGUGCUGGCGCAGGUGGCUCCAGACUUUGCCUUCAGCAAGAUGGAUGCCAAGGGGACACAGUGCCACGACACGACGGGAGAUGAGGGCCUGGGCCUUUACCUGCCGUAUGCCACCACUGUCACCGUGACCGGAUUCAUCAUCCCCUUCCUCCUCAUCCUCGGGUGCUACUGCCACGUGGUGCUGGUGCUCUGCAGGAACGACACCGUGGACCUCGGCCUCAGGAGGAGAAGCAUCAGACUGGUGAUUCUCGUCAUGGUCCUCUUCUCCGUCUGCUUCCUCCCCUACCACAUCUUCAGAAACCUCAACUUGUUGUCUCGGGGCUGGCAGCUGCAGGGGUCCUGCACGCAGGCUUCCAAGAACAUCUACAUCUCCUACCAGGUGACCCGGGGCCUGGCCAGCUUCAACAGUGCCCUUAACCCUCUGCUCUACCUGACGACCAGCCAGGACUGUGUGUCAUGUGUGAGGACCAUCCGUGAAACAGCCAGCCAGUCCCUUGGGCCUUCCUUCAGGAGGAAAACCUCUCACCAAGGGAAUGAGAAGAAGAUGAACAUCAUUAUUCGUGAGGAAGAGGCUUCUGAUGAGCUCUGA